UUUGGAGCUUGUCCUGUCAUAUUUUCAUCGCUGCUAUAGCAGAUUUGUUGUCUAAUACUAAUAAAUGCAGAUACCUAAAGUUACGCUUCUGUUUUUCUGCUUUCGAGCCUAGCAUCUCUCGUUAAUUGACUCAGGUUCAUGAUGACUCUAUUUUUUGAAAAUUUACAUGCCUAUGCUCACUAUGAUGAUUGCAAGAUCUCCUCUUAUACAUAACCUAGAAGAACUAGUUGGCUUUUGUGUAGAAGAAAGUCACAUCACACUUUUUUCUAUCUGUACAAACCAGAUUUGAGGGGAAAGAAAGAAAUAUUGAACCAAGAAUAACAGACACCAAAGAUAAAAGUCCAUUCUUCUGUUUACGUUAAGGAAGAAUUUCAGUUGGUGUAGAUUACAUGAACAAUUUCUAUGAAUGUGAAAACUUACAACAGUAAAUAGACUGCACAUACAGGAAAUAGUUACUAUUUCUCAAGCCAAGUCGACAUUUCAUUCUUCACUAGCAGCAUAACGGUAUUGAAUAUUUUGUUAACUUCAAAAGAGAUGGUUUCAACUUCUGCUUGUAUUACUUCCUAAUCUACGAUUUUCUAUAUCCCUCUUGUUUGUAUACAAUACUAGUAAUAUUUGGGGUUGUCUAAUUGAGAUUUAAAAAUGAGUCAAAAGUCAUGAGUAAUUAAGAUAAAUAUAUACAAGAUGAGAAGAUAUUAGAGAAAUUGAUAACCCCUACACCAGAUAAGUCCAUGGCAAUAUAAAAAAUAUAAUACCUAAUCAACUAUUGUUGUUCCUAUCAGAAUUGGUAGAUACAUUUGACGAAAUGGUUAACGGCUGAAAAAUAAUAAGCAGAAGGUGAAAAGUUAUUUUCAGUUUUAGUAUAAAAUGAUGAUAUGAUAUAUCUGUUGUAGCUUUCGCUGAAAUGACAAACUUGAAAGACUAGCAUUAACACAAAGCACAGCUUUCUUUCUUCAUUCCAACUUUCAUGCAAAAUGGGCUAUAGGCACCUCUUGUUUCUAGCAUCUUUCUUCCUCUGUCAACUUGUUUUUUCCUCAUUGGCAAUAUGUCCUAGAGAUCAAAGUAUUGCCCUUGUAGAAUUCAACCAGUCUUUUGUUGUUGAUGCCUCAUCUGCAUCUUUUCUUUGUGACCAGCAGUCUUAUCCAAAAACGAGUUCAUGGAACAUGAACAAAGAUUGUUGUUCGUGGGAGGGGGUGAUAUGUGAUGAGACUAGCGGUCAUGUCAUUGAGCUUGAUCUUAGUUGCAGCCAACUUGUUGGGAAAAUUUAUUCCAAUAGCAGCUUAUUCCAACUGUCUCAUCUCCAAAGGCUCAACCUUUCUUUCAAUGACCUCUAUGGUUCUCUCAUCUCGCCUGAAUUUGGCAAGUUCUCGAGCUUGAAGUAUCUUGAUCUUUCUUGGUCUCGUUUCUCAGGUCAAAUUCCUUCCGAAAUCUCUCAUCUGUCCAAGUUACAGUCUCUUGUUUUGUGGAACAACAAUGAGCUCAGGCUCGAAGCUCAUGAUUUUAAGAUGCUCCUUCAGAAUCUAACUGAAUCGAAAGAGCUUCAUCUUACUGGCAUAAACAUCACAUCCACCAUUCCUUUGAAUUUCUCUUCUCAUUUAACAACUCUGAGGCUGAGACAUACGGGAUUGUAUGGGACAAUACCUGAGAGUAUCUUUAACCUGCCCAACCUGGAAACACUUGACUUAGCAAAUUUUCAGCUCAGUGGUUAUUUUCCAAAGACCAAAUGGAACAGCAGUGCAUCCCUUAAGGAGUUGAUUCUCAGAGCAGUGAAUUUUGCUGGUGACUUUCUGCCCGACUGUCUUGUCUUUGUAACUUCAUUGCAGAGAUUGGAACUUAGUUCGUGCAAUCUGUCGGGGCCAAUUCCAAAAUCUCUUUGGAAUCUCACCCGUCUGGAGUAUUUGGACCUACAGAAUAACCAUCUUGACGGUGCAACGUUUCCUCCGCUUACAAGUGGACUGCAGAAUCUGAAUACACUUUUGCUAUCAAAUAACUCCCUGAAUGGGGAAAUUCCAUCCUGGAUAUUCUCCUUGCCAUCACUGAGUGAACUACACUUGAAUGAUAAUCACUUUUCAGGACAACUUGAGGAUUUCAGGUACAGUUCAACACUACACAAUGUUUAUAUAAGCAAUAAUCAGUUGAAAGGAUAUCUUCCAAAAUCAAUUCAGAACCUUGUGAGCCUAGUCCAUAUUGAUUUAGUACACAACCAGUUUCAAGGUCCUGUUCCAGAGUCACUACAAAACCUAGUAAACCUAACAUGGCUUGCUCUUUCUGCCAACAAUUUUAAUGGCAGUGUAGACGUCAGCGUCUUUUCAAACCUCAAAAACCUUUACUAUCUUAGUCUUUCACAUAAUAGUAUUUCUCUGACCAAUGAGAACAAAGUAAAGUCUACCCUGCCCCAAUCUCUUGAGUACUUAUUUUUGUCCGCUUGUGAAGUACGUGAUUUGGAUAUGUUGAGAUCAGCAACACAACUUACGUACUUGGAUCUUUCAAAUAAUAAGAUUCAAGGAAGAAUUCCUGAUUGGGUAUUGCCUAAUUGGAUUCAUCGUAUGACAAAUCUUAAUCUGUCCUACAACAUGUUGACAAGUAUUGGCCCCAUUCCUCUUCUUCCUCUAGAUAUUAUUGAUUUACGGUCCAAUAAUCUUCAAGGCUCGCUACCUAAUCUUCUGCCCACUCUACGAUACUUCUUCAUAUCAAACAAUGAUCUAAAGGGGGAGAUCCCUCUUUCUUUUUGCAAUUUAACAAUAUUAAGAGUUCUAGAUUUGGCGAGAAAUGAUUUGAAAGGAGCAUUUCCUCAAUGUUUGAGUACCUUGAGUUACCUUGAGGUUUUGGAUGUGCAACACAACAGUCUUUCUGGGGAUCUCCUAGCAACUUUUAUCUUUGGAACUAAACUCAAAAGCUUCAACUUGCACGGCAAUAAGCUACAGGGAAAAAUCCCAAGAUCCUUGGCCAAUUGCACGCAGUUGGAAGUUCUUGAUUUAGGAAAUAAUCACCUCAAUGACACAUUCCCUAUGUGGCUGGGGACUCUUGCAAAUCUUCAAGUUUUAAGCUUGAAAUCCAAUAAAUUACGCGGAGUCGUUAGAACUUCGAGUAGUUCGACAUUGUUUCCUCAGCUUCGGAUGUUAGAUCUCUCUUGCAAUGCGUUUACAGAAGAAUUGCCCACAAGUCUUCUCAGAAAUCUGAAUGCAAUGAGGAGAAUUGAUCAGACAAUGAAGGUACCAGUUGAUGAAACAAGAAGAUAUUACCAAGACUCGGUAACUGUUGUAACAAAGGGAUUAGAGCUUAAAGUUGUGCGGAUCUUGUCUUUGUACACCACUAUGGAUCUUUCAAGUAACAAAUUUGAAGGGCAUAUUCCUAGUAUGAUGGGAGAUCUCAUCGCGCUGCGUGUAUUAAAUUUAUCUCACAAUGCGGUGCAGGGUCAUAUACCACCAUCACUUGAAAAGUUAUCUGUAGUCGAAUCGUUGGACCUUUCAUCCAACAAGCUUUCGGGAGAGAUACCAAAACAACUUGCUUCUCUCACAUCUCUUGCAGUUUUAAAUCUCUCCCGCAAUCAUCUUGAAGGAUGCAUUCCAAAAGGACCUCAAUUUGCUACAUUUGAGAAAAAUUCAUAUGAAGGCAAUGAUGGAUUGCGCGGAUUCCCAGUUUCCGGAGGUUGUGGAAGUAACCGGAUACCAGAGACAAACGACACAAUAUUUGUGCCGGACGAAGAAAGUGAUUCAACAUUUCUAAGUGAACUCAGUUGGAAAGUGGUUCUGAUGGGAUAUGGCUUUGGAUUGAUUAUUGGAUUCUCCAUAUCAUAUUUCAUGCUUUCUUCCCGAAACCCAAAUUGGCUUUCUAGGAUUGCUGAGGAUUUAGAACACAGAAUCAUUAUGAGAAAGCGAAAGAAGCAGCAAGGUCAAACGCAUUGCAGAAGAAGAAGAAAUAAUGGCAUCUAGACAAGUUUGCCUUCACGCAAGACGUAAUGUCGAAAACUUUCAGGCAUGCAGUGACUAAUGAGAAGUCUUCCGUGAAUUUGUCUUUGAAAUAGCCAAACGUUAGAAGGUGAUGAAGAAGGAAUUACAUACAGUUAUGAAGGCAUACACCAAGAAGAUGUUGAAAAUGAUAAGAAAGAUCGAAGAGUAUGAAAAGACGUUUAGGUUUAUGUAAGAGUGAAGUUUUUCCAAUGAUAUUAUUGAGCUUAAUG